AUGUCGUCAGCAAUAUCUCCCCCACCCAUCCUCCAGACCGACACCAUCCCGUCCAGCAUGACUCUACCUCCGGCUACACCGAGCCCUCUGAAGCGGAAGCCAUCAGUCAACUCCUCUCCUACUCGGGAGUUUCCAAAGAGAGCGCGACGAGAUACCCAAGCACCGCUCACCAAGGACACCCUAGUUUCUACAAAACAUUACGCUAUUUAUUUCCACAACCUCCUCGAGGACCCGGAGACUGCCAGUCACCAGCUCCUCAUUGCAUCUCCCGUCUUCGAGACCACCCAGAAAGCCAUGCGUGACCACGCUACACAAGAGAUCGAGGCAAAUGUAAAGUGGGGAGCAACAAAGGAGCUAAGCACUAAUCGUCUCUACGAGAUCCUGAAUAGCAAGAACCAUGUCGUUCUACGCUACGAAAUGGAUAUUGUCUUCCCCGCCAUCGAAGACGCGGACGGCGUGAAGCAGUGGAGCCGCGCGAGCGAGCUGGACGCUUUGCCAGUACAGUACGGUCUGUGUGUUGAGUAUCUCAAUGACAACUACGAAGAGGAAGAAGGAGCAGAGCGGUCCUUGGUCAUCACUUUUGGUAGUUUGGGUGAAGCUAAACACGCCAUGAAAAAGUCGGCGGCGGCGUACAUUGGCAGCUCCAGUGGAGUCAAAGUGUCUGAAAGAUGUAUUGAAAUGGUAGGGGAAGAAGGACAGAUUCUCCGGAAGUACAAGAUUGAAGAGGGUAGGAGAGACGCACAGGGUAGGUUUGUGAGGCAAGAAGACUUGUAUUUUGAGCUGAGCGGUGCAGAUGAACUUCCGCCCGCGCCCGAGACAUUGGAAACGUCUGCACCGCCAUCUCCUCAGCCGAUUGCUGCUCCAGCCGUUACUGCAAUCGUACGCCAAGCUACACCAAGAGUCGCAUCAAACAGUCCUGCUCCCAAGACCCCCGAACCAGAAGCUGUUCCCGGCACACGCCGCCAAUCUGCUCGGAUCAAGGUCGAGACUCAGGCCGCUAAGGAUAUGAAGGAAGAACAACUUAAGAUCGAGCCCAAGCCCAAGCCUCAGCCUAAACCGAGAGCUCCAGCUCAACCCAAGCCCCCCGCAAAGCCCAGAACGCCAGCUAGAUCCAAAGGCAAAGGCAAAGUUCCAGCCCAAGAUCCAGUCGAUACAACCCCUCACUGCACUUGUGGCGGCCUUGACGACGGUAGCUUGAUGAUCGGCUGCGAUAACGACGCUUGCCCAAUUGGGUGGUAUCAUGGUCGUUGCAUCGGCAUCUCCAAGGCGAUUCCGAAGAACAAAGAAUGGUAUUGUGCCACGUGUACGAAAGAGAUGGAGAACAACAGGGAUACGGGUGUUGAGACGGCACGUGGUAAGACGCCUGUGAAGAAGAGAGGUAGCGGUGGUGGCGUAAAGACAAAGGCGAAGGCGAAGGCGAGGAAAAGGAAGUAG